AUGGAUGAGAUAAACCGUAACUUACUACCCGUAUUCAACCACAGUGUUGAUGCACAAGACUUGCGUCGCGAAUGGGAGGAAUGGCACAGAGCAUUCGAGUUAAUGUUGGAGCUCAAAAAUGUGGAGUCCCAGCACCGUAAAUUGGUACUGUUGCUAACGUGUGGAGGCAGAGAUCUUCAGCGUAUUUUCUACAAUCUUCGACCAACACCAGAUGAAAUUUAUCCAGAGGCAGUGAAAGUCCCGCUGGCUCCGAUUGAAGUGCCGGAAUACCAUAACGCAGUUAAAAGGUUGAGCAAGUUCUUCAUCGGAAAGCGGAACGAACGUGUGGAACUCGAGUUGUUUCGUUCGCUAAAGCAAGAUUGUGAUGAGUCAUUUAAUCAAUUCAUCUUGCGAUUGCGCGCUCAAGCCGCGCGAUGUGAAUUCCUGGAGCGAGAGGAGAAAGAACUAUUGCAGCAGGUCACAAUGGGAGCCCGCGACGAGCGAGUGCGAGACAAGGGGCUCGAAGACGUAAUGGGUCUUGACGAUCUCAUUAAUUACGCUAUCAACAGAGAAGUUCUACUCAAGCAAAAAGCUAAAAAUAAGCCAUUUAACGAAUCGUCGUCAUCCAUUGUUGGAGCACUAAGAGAGAAGAAACCUUCACCUACUUCGUAUGGGAAACAAGCACCCAAUAGAAUCGGCGUAAGGCGUCAACACGAGACGUAUCACCGCAGUAUCGAAUGCAACAGAUGCGGAUCACGACGACAUAGGAGUGAGGCAGAUUGCUAUGCCCGAAAAGCUCGGUGCAACACAUGCGGAAAAAUUGGACAUUUUUCAAGAAAAUGUAAGAGCGGUAGCAACAUUCAAAUACGCAAUGCACGAUACAGUCGCAAUCGUACACCGAUGGAAACGAAUACACUUCAAAAUUCGCCCACAUGGAAGGAAGAAUUACCAAAUCGACCUAAGUUAGAUGAUAUUGCCGAGGUUAACGUACAUGUUCCGAAUGAUGGUACGAUCACUUGCAAGAUCGACACGCUCCCUGUAGUAUUUUUGAUCGACUCCGGUGCAGCCAUCAAUACAGUGACAGAAAGCAUUUGGAAUGAGCUUAUAGACAGUAAAGCUAUUAUUCAUAAGAAAAAAUUCCAAUGCGACCGACAGUUUACGGCAUAUGCUAGUAAUAGACCACUACGUGUCAUGGCGCUGUUUGAAGGAUGGAUUUCAGUGAGUGACGAUAAACCAAAAAAUUAUGCUGAAUUCUUCGUGAUAGAAGGAGCCAGUAAGUCCUUACUAAGCAAAGCGACAGCUGAGGAACUGAAGGUAUUGAAAGUAGGCCUCGAAGUUCAGAAUGUUGAAGUUAGUCAGCCUUUUCCGAAGUUUCCAAACAUGCAGGUCAAAUUAUCAAUUGACAAGACGAUCACUCCAAGAAAGCUUGCGUAUUUGAGAGUUCCCGAGCCUAUGAAAGAAAAGGUAGACAAAAAAAUUGUUGAAAUGCUGAGUAAUGACAUUAUUGAACGGGCUGUUGGUCCUCCGGAUUGGAUCUCCCCUAUGGUCGUCGUUCCAAAGGGUAGAGACGACAUACGCCUGUGCAUCAAUAUGAAAUUCCCUAAUGAAGCAAUUCAGCGGGAGCAUUAUCCGUUACCAGUCAUCGAAACUUUUCUGAACAAGUUGAGAGGGGCAACCUGGUUUUCUAAAUUAGACAUAACCUCUGCCUUUCAUCACAUAGAAUUGCAUCCUGAUUCACGAGGCAUUACCACAUUUAUGACUGACAGAGGGCUUAUGCGCUUCAAAAGGUUGAUGUUCGGGAUAAAUUGUGCCCCGGAGAUUUUCCAGAGAAUAAUGACGGAAAUGCUAGCAGGUAUAGAUGGUGUCAUUGUGUACCUAGAUGACAUUGUUGUAGCAGGCCAAACACGAGAGGAUCAUGAUUUGCGAUUGAAGCAGGUGCUGAGUGUGUUAAAAGAAAAUAAUGCAAAAUUAAACACCAGCAAAUGCCUGAUUGGAGUGAAUGAAUUGGAAAUUUUGGGGUUCAAAGUAAGCGCUACGGGAAUAAGCCCAUCGGACGAUAAAGUGUUGGCCAUCAGAAAUUUCCGAAAGCCAGAAACUAAAGAACAAGUGAGGAGUUUCUUAGGUCUAGUUAAUUUUGUUGGUCACUUUAUUCCUAUGUUGUCAACGAGAACUGAACCACUUCGUCAAUUCAUUCGAGGUGAUGUGGCGACAUUCGGAAAAGAACAGAAGGAUGCGUUUGAUGAUCUACGAGAAGAGCUAUCUAAAAAUGUCAGGAAGCUAGGAUUCUUCGAUCCGAAAGAUACUACACAACUCUUUGUAGAUGCUUCACCGGUCGGCUUGGGCGCGGUUCUAGUUCAGAGAGAUACUUCAGAGAUCCCGAGAAUAGUGAGUUUCGCUUCAAAGGGCUUAACAGCAUCGGAAAGAGUAUACCCACAAACGCAACGAGAGGCGCUGGCCGUUGUCUGGGCAGUAGAACGGUUCUACUUGUACCUUUUUGGCAUCAAGUUUACCAUCUUCACGGACCAUAAAACAUUGGAAUAUAUAUACGGCGGGAACCAUCGGGAAAGCAAACGUGCCUGUACGCGAGCUGAAGGUUGGGCUCUUCGUCUUCAACCUUACGACUUCGAGAUUAAGCAUAUUCCGGGUUCAACCAACAUCUCCGAUAUCCUGUCUCGAUUGUGCUGCCAAGAAGAUAAGCCUUUUGAUGACAACGCUGAACACUAUCUCUGCGCUAUCGGAGAAGGACCAGUGGCCAUAACUCUUGACGCAAUUCGGCAAGCGACAAAACAGGACGAGAUUCUGGAGGCCGUUUCGCAAUCACUCGAGACUGAUGAAUGGCAGACUCAGUUGAUUCAUUAUCAGGCAUUUAAAAAAGAACUGGGAAACGUAGGUGGCAUAAUCGUUCGAGACGAUCGAAUAGUACUCCCUACAAUACUGAGACAUAGGGCUCUAGACAUCGCUCACCGUGGACACCCCGGAGUAGUCACCAUGCGGAGAUACCUCAGGGAGAAGGUUUGGUGGCCAUACAUGGACCGAGAUAUUGUUGAGAAAAUCCAAGAAUGUGCUGGUUGUGCAUCGGUAAGCUCUCAAGGACCUCCAGAGCCAAUGCAUCGAAAGGAGAUGCCGGAAAGAGCAUGGCAAGACAUCGCAAUUGAUUUCUUUUCGGCAAAAGAAUGCGCUACCUUUCUUGUCGUGGUUGACUACUUUAGUCGAUUUAUUAAGGUAAUAGAAAUGAAAACCACAACCGCGGCCAAAACAAUAGAGGCCUUGGAGAAAGUAUUUGAGGAACAAACGUACCCGGAAACCAUACGAAGUGACAAUGGCCCACCAUUUGCAAGCGAAGAGUUCUCUAAAUAUUGCACAUCAAAAAAUAUUCGAUUGGUGCGAACCAUCCCAUACUGGCCUCAAAUGAACGGGCUGGUAGAGCGCCAGAAUCAAGGGAUACUCAGAGCACUGCGUAUAGCGAAAGCCACGAACUCAGACUGGAGGAAGGCUGUGAAAAACUAUGUCCACAUGUAUAACACAUCCCCGAAUUCGAUGACCGGAAAAGCGCCUAUGGAAUUGAUGACAGGUCGCCCGGUGAAAGAUCUUUUGCCCUCGCUGAGGACCGACCCAAGCUGGGGUUGUGAAGACGGAGUUCGAGAAAGCGAUGCAAUCAAGAAAUUGAAAGGCAAAAUUGAUGCUGAUCAACGUCGACACGCAGUAGCUUCGGAUAUAAAAGUAGGAGAUAUUGUUCUUCUUCGAAAUUACGAUUCGGGAAAACUGGAACCUAAAUUUACAUUGAAAAGGUUCACAGUUGUGGAAAGAAAAGGAAACGACACCAUCGUUGUGAACGAAGAAGGCUUAUCCCUCCGUCGAUGUGUUACACACUUGAAAAAGUUGCCAUUACAAGGCGAACCCAAGGAGGCACUAACCACUGACAACCCGUUAGAACCAACUUCGACACCAACACUGUCUAAUUCUAAUACACCUUUACAAUCCCCUACAGGUACAAACCAUCAUCAGAAGGAUCUGUCAGCUGAUAGCACACCACUCAAGCUCCAUGAAUAUAAGCGCAAGUCCUCCAUCGAUAAGCAAGAAGAGUCUGUGAAACGACCCGCUCGCAUACGGAGGAUACCACGUCGAUACGUAGAACAUUGA